AUGGGCACCAAGCGUCGUCGUCAACAGCGCGUCAAAGUCAUUGGUGCGCAGGUGGAGGAGAGUAUACGGCAAGACGCGGAGGAUAAGAAGAUUAAACAUGUUGAGGCUGAGGAUCUCUUUCAGGUUGACUCCAAAGGCGGUGCUCGUCUUACCAAGAAGCAGAAGCUUGAGAAAAUGCAAAAAGACCCUGUUCUGGCUAGCACCCGAAAGUUUAACGCUUCGAAAUUGAAUAAGAACGAAAUGAUACUCGUGAAAAAGAUGAGGGAGCAAAAGUUUCAACUGAAGAAUCAGAGUGAAUCUAUGGAGAUGGACAGUGUUAAAGACCUCUGGAACCAAGACGGUAGCUUAAAAAUUGAUGAGCAGAACCAGACUCUCGACGAGUACUUAGCACCCGUGGUAGUCAGAAAGACCAAGAGGCGUAAUCUGGUGGCUUCCACUAAGCACGCUGUAGCGACUGUUGAGGUAGCGGCUGCGGGCCAGUCCUACCACCCGGACUUUGAUUCGCAUCAGGACGUGAUGGCUGAGGCGGUGGCACUGGAACUUGAGAAGCGCGAGAAAAAGGCACAACUUCAGGAGCCUGUGGCUAAGGGGAUGUCUGAGGAGACGCUUCAAUUUAUCAAAAAGGACUCUGAGAACGAAUCCAGCGAUUUUGAGGACGAUUGUACGGAGAGGAAGACGUACAAACGGCCACAGAAAGUGACACGUGCGCAGCGCAACAAGCGCUCGAGACACAAGCAGAUGGAGCUGGAACACCAGAUGCGGCGUACUGAAAAAUCUAUCAUUAAACAGAUAAAUGCCUCAAAUCACAUUCUUCAGGACAUUUUAAAGAGCGAGAAGGAAGCAAUUAAAAAGCAGCAGUUAAAAAAGUUGCGGCAAGAACAGAAACUGCAGGAGUCGCCUCUGGUACGCGUGGGUGGUAAAUACACUAAACUUGAACGAGAAACUCCGGUCUCGUUUGCGGAGGAGCUUACAGGUAACAUGCGAACGCUGAAGCCUAAAGGCAACCCGCUAUUAGAUCGCUUUGACAGCCUUCACAAGCGUAACCGAUUUCAAAUUGGUCGUCCGAAGAAGACGCGCAAAGCCAAAGUGAAAAUUAUUGAGACAAGAAAGUAA